GCUCGCUGUCCGCUCGGUACCAUGGCGCCCGUCCGCCUGCUCACGCCGCUGCUGCUGCUGCUGCUCUUCGUAGGCGUCCCCGCCGCCACCGCCGAGUCGAUCAGAGAGACUGAGGUCAUCGACCCCCAGGACCUGCUGGAAGGACGAUACUUCUCUGGAGACCUACCUGAUGAUGAGGAUAUUGGGGGCCCUGGGCAGGAGGAAUCCGAUGACUUUGAGUUGUCUGGCUCUGGAGAUCUGGAUGACACAGAGGACCCCAAGAUCUUCCCUGAAGUGAUCCACUCCUUGGUGCCUCUAAAUAACCACAUCCCUGAGAGGGCAGGGCCCGAGAGCCGUGUCCCCACAGAAGCUAAGGACCUGGAGGAGAAUGAAGUCGUCCCCAAGAGGAGUUCAUCCUUUGACGGGGAUGAGGAUGUGCCCAACAGGGUGUCCAUGUCCAGUACCGCCCAGGGCAGCAACAUCUUUGAGAGAACUGAGGUCCUGGCUGCUCUGAUUGUGGGAGGCGUUGUGGGCAUCCUCUUUGCUGUGUUCCUGAUCCUGCUGCUGGUGUACCGCAUGAAGAAGAAGGACGAAGGCAGCUACGACCUGGGCAAGAAACCCAUCUACAAAAAAGCCCCCACCAACGAAUUCUAUGCAUGAACCCUCCAGGGGCACUGCUUGGACUUCAGUGGGGAGGGAAGCCAAAGGAUUGUGAAUGGUGGGCAUUAGAGUAGGGGGAGGGCACCUUAAUACUGACCUGUCAGUGUCUCCAGCUCUGAUCACCUUUCUAGCAUCAGAAGAGACGUCGUCUUCUACUGUGCUGCCUUCACUCUUCUUGAUUCUUUUGGCCUCAGUUACCCCGGCAGAAGAAUGGAGUUAAGCUUGGCCUUCCUGAAGACAAGCCUGGGAUCUUGUCAUUUAAAGAAAUUUUCAGAUUAGAAUCUAGGACAGUUUCGAGCCUAUACUGAACUUGCUUCAUCCAGGGCCCCCCUGAAGGCAGAGGCAAAGGGGUAUUUAUGUGAAUUCUGGCUAGAAGUCUGCCCAGGCUGCCUCCUUCCCCUCUUGCAUAACCUGUCCUUUUGCCCAGGAUCAGGAAAAGGAACUAGAAUCCCCUGCACCUCGAGGUGUGUGUCCAUCCAUGGGUGCUUGUUCACACUACGGGAAUCUCUACCUUGGGCCAUUCUAGGCUCUUUCAAGUGACUUCUUAGAAAUCCACCUUUUUUUUGGCCGGCGGGGAGGGAGGGUGGAGCACAGGAAGAAGAGCAGAAAGCUUUCUUUGAAAUGGAUUUGUAGACUAUUUGUAAAUCUAUUUUUUUUUUAAUGGUUCAUUCCUUUGUGCAGAGUGUGUGUGCCUGGGCAAACGUGGAGAUGGGGAGAUGUUCUUAUUGUGGUCAUUUCCACUGCAUGUGCUAGGUUUGUAUUUAAUGGUUUUGUUUUUGUUUCUGUUUGUAUCUUGAAAAUGAGAGAAG